AUGACGAAAUCAGAUCCUACUGCUGGUUUCAUGCCAUCCACCACAACAAUGGAUCUUGGCACGACAAAAGAAUUAAUUUCUGCUUUUGAAAAAGCUUUUCGUAACACGCGAUGUAAUCUUCCCGUUUUUAUUCCGACUGGUCAACUUGUUAAUUCUUUAUAUCAAGGAUAUAUGUGUUGCUGGAUAAAUGAUCAAAAUGAUAAAGAGAAAGAUGAGAAAAAAGACACAGAUUAUACGGAAAUAAAAGAUUUCAAAGUGGAAUUACGAUUCAACACUACUUUACAGCGUGAUGUUCCCAUUGGGUAUUCACAUUUGGCUGGAUUAACUGAAUUAUUUGCGCAAAAAGCCAAAAUUACUAAUACUAAUAUCGAUUCAAAAAAUGAUUCUAUCGAUAAACAUAAUAAAGAGAAUGAUGAUGACGAUUAUUCAAGAGACGGAAGAUUAAACAUAACAGUUGCCGGAUUAUUUACGUAUGAACUGCAAAAUUGGGAUGAUGAAGAUUGGAGAAGAUUGGAUGAUGAAAAUAGUGACUCGAUUCGACCACCGAAAGGAGUGGACACGUCUUUCGAGGAAGAUUUAUUUCUUGAUGAAACAGACAAUAUCAAUGUAUUUGUUGAUGCUGGAUCUACUAUCAAUGUCACCACCAAUAACAUAGCACCAAUCACCUCUGCUGCUAUUACGGCUUCCGCUAAAACUCCAACAUCAAAAUCUUCACCAGUUGAAAUAGUGAAUUCUCAAAAGUCAUCAAGAAAUGCUGACUUUCCAACGAUUCACUGCCCAAGUUCUAUCUCAAAUUUACCCUUUGGACCAUCCAAAGAUCCACUGAAAUCAAUUAUUUUGACAGCUUUUUUCCCUUCUGCUCCUCAAGACUUCUAUCUUGAUAAUGACGUAUUUAGUGAAAUGGAUGCUGGUGGUGCACCUGUUUGGAUUAUAAAGUGUAAAUUCGCACUGGAGAAUCCUCCUCAAGCUUUACUUUCGGGUAUUUUGGAGAAUUUAAUUUCUUCAUGGAUUAGAGAUCGAUCAUCAUCAAAUGGUAGUGGUUAUACGAAAAAUUCUAAAUCUAUUGAAUCAAAAAUUUCAAAUGACACUGGGGAGAUUGAUAAUUUUGUACAAGCAUUAUUUGAUCCUUCCCGAUUUACAAAGAGUUCGUCAUUAUCAUCUCCAUUAUCAUACACUAGUCUGAAAACUUGUGAUGGAAUCAAUAUUGUCUCUACGAUUGAUCUUAGUCAUAAUAUAAGAAAUGUUUCAUUUAUCCCUUAUAAAUCAUUAUUGUGGAAUUUACUUGAAUAUCUACUGGAAACUGUUUCGCCAGCAUCAAAUUUUCAGCAUUGCUCGUCAUUUAUUGGAUCUCUUAAAAUAUUAUGGACCGAAGUAUUAAAACACAUUCGGACUUAUUGGGAACGAAAUAUUGGAAUUGAUAUGCACUCUAAUAUUUUACAUCAAAAACUUUGCAUGAUCAAUUACUGCAUAACGCGUCUACGAAAAAUGCAAAAAGAAAAUCCAAAGUUAUCUAGUAGUCCAAUUUCUAGUAGGACACGGGUUCCAUCAACCAGUUCCGUUGCGUCGUCAUAUAAUUCCAUUAACAAUACGAUGAAUAAAGGAGGGUUUGUGUCUAUAGCCGAACAGAAACAAAAAAGUUUAUCUUCGGAUGGAAAUAACGGAGUGAUUAUUGGUUCCCUUUCACUUUAUGACGAUGAUUCUGUUUGUUCUAGUAUUGAUCCUUCAGCAUCAGUUGUUUUGGUGGGACAAGGAAAUUCAAAUGGCGCAAUUGAGCAUUCAACGACAAUUAACGUUUCUCCUAAUAUGGAUAAUAUGCAAACAUCAAAUGCUGAUGUUGCGGAAUCAGAAGACGAACCAAUUUUAACUGAUGCAUCUGCAUCCCCAUUAGAUCAAAAUCCUCAUGCCUCUUCAUUGACCGAAUCUUUCACUCAACUUAAUUAUCCAUCGAGCAUGGAAUCUGUAUCGGGAGUAGGAAAUGGAGGAGUAUUAGGAUUAGAGCAAAAAGAAGGAGAUGAGUAUUUUGAAGUAAGGGAGGAAAAUAUGAGAGAAGGUUAUUUGUGCGUGUUUAAGGAGUAUACUUUACUUAAGACGGGAGAACCAAUGUGGGCACCUAUAACUCAGGAUAAUGGUUUGAUGACUGAAGAUAUGAUACGGGAGCAAGAAGAAAUCUUUGAAAAAAUGGGAACAUCAGAGGAAGCAGCUAAAAAACGAGACUUUAUACGAUGGCAUUCUCCGCGUGAUUGGAUUCCCGAUGAAAGUGGUGAUCUGAAUUCACAACGAGGGAAUCUGAGCCCUCGUAUGGACAAGGAAGGAAAUUUCUGGAGAGAAUUGUGGAAGAGUUCUCGAAGGAUUCCGGUUAGUCGGCAGAAACCCUUGUUUAAUCAUAGUCGAGAAGGAGAGAAGGCUUUACGAUAUCUCGAGCAAUUAUCCAUGCAAGAAUUGUUUAGCCAGCUCUUACCCACAGUAUUCCUUAUAGCUUAUGACACAUUAGUAACACAUCCAGUCACUAAAUAUAUGAAACCGGUAGCUAUGGGAGUAUCCUUACUGUCAAAAGAAUUAACGAGCUUCCGUUGGACGGAUUUAAAAACUGAAAAUGCAUUUGAGAAAAUUCUAGAAAGAAUUCGUGAGAACGAAUUGAUAAUGGGAAAAGCGAUUUCUCUAUUACGCAAGUUACCAAAGCAGUUCUAUUUAGUAGAACGUAUCUUAAAAAAUUCAGAAACUACUGUAGCAGAUGGAACAGAACGUGAAGCAGUUUACGAAUUAUUUGCUUCCGGAGCACCACACAACAGUGCGUUUCCACUACCAACAACACGCGAAUUCGUCUUACAAACAAUGACGAAACCAGCAAUUCUCCUUCCCAAUAUUUCAAUACAUAUACCUUUGAGAAUGUAUGUGUUAUUAAAUGAAAACGGAAUACGCAUCAUCGAAAUGACUAGUAAACAAAUAAUAGAUUAA